GGCAGGGAGUUUUUGUUAGGCGAGAUGUUCAAGUAUUUCUAAAUCCCGGAUAAGAGGUACUCCACCGCUCCAUCCAAACACAUACUUCUCGACCCUAUCCAAAAUCACUUACCUUCACAUAAAAAUUUGCCCCCAAUCCGCCUCUUUGGCUCGUUCAGAUCCCAAAUCCCACCCCUUCAGACAUCUAAUUCUUUCAAAAUGGGUAUGAUUCUAGGCAAAAUCACCGUCGAAACACCGAAAUACACGGUGAUUCACUCUGCCGCGGAGUACGAAAUCCGCGAGUAUCCGCCAUCGGUGAUAGCUGAGGUCACGUACAACGCGACCCAGUUCAGAGGCAACAGAGACGGUGGCUUUACUGUGCUUGCCAACUUCAUCGGAGCACUGGGAAACCCCCAAAACGCCAAGCCCGAGAAGAUUCCGAUGACGGCGCCGGUGAUCACCAAGCAGUCCGAGCAGAUCGCGAUGACUGCGCCGGUCGUGACCAAGGGGGAUGACGAGGCUGUGACGAUGCAGUUUAUUCUGCCGUCCAAGUACACGAGGGCAGAUGAGGCGCCGAAGCCGCUAGAUGAGCGAGUUUUGAUUAAGGAGGAAGGGGUGCGUAAGUACGCCGUGGUGAGAUUCAGCGGCACCGCAAGUGACAAAGUGGUGCAAGAGAAGGUGGAGAAUUUGAAAAAUUGUUUGGAUAGAGAUGGGCAUAAAACAAUUGGGGAUUUUGAGCUGGCAAGGUAUAAUCCGCCAUGGACGUUGCCUCCAUUGAGGACGAAUGAAAUUAUGAUACCCGUGGAGUGAGUGAAUGAAUCAACAGGGGGCUUCCUGGGCUCUCUCUAGCUAAGUAGUAACUGUUUUUGUCUGUUUGUUUGCAUAUUUUCCCGUUUCAGGUUUGAAAUUCUGGUUUACCGUGACAUUAAAGGGUGUAUUUUGGUUUCCGAAAUUUAAAAAAAAAAGGUGUGUUGUAUUG